AAUAAAUUAAAAUAAAAAGAUAUUUAAAAUGGCCACUCCAGAAUCUUUGAAUCCAGCCCCUCUAACUAGUCUUGGUGAUCAUUCAUACAAGAAAGUCUUAGAAGAUGACUAUUCAACAGGGAAAUUCAAUCUAAAAUUGAAAGCAACAACUUCUAAUUCUGGAUCAGCCAAUUACAAGGGUUGGUUGGACAUUACAAAAUUACAAUCUAAAUAAGAGACUAAAUUUUAGGUGUCUUAUAAAAAGUAUUGAUAAUAUUUAAUUUUAGUUAUGUUUUAUAAUUUGCUACAAGAGAGGAUGGAGCAAAAGUCCAUGUAGAUUUUGGAUAGGUGGCUAAAUUAACAAAUGGAAAUGUUUCAUUGUUUGCUAAUGCUAAAUUUGGUAGUUCAAACAUAAACAAUGCUACUCUCAGAUUUGGAGGAGUAACAAAGUGGAAUGCCCUCACAAAUCACUUAAGUAUAUUUAAAAAUAAGAUUUUUUCUUAGGAUUGGAAUAUAAUCCAUCUAGUAGUGGUGUAAAUGGAUUGAGUAGAACAUUUUGGAAGAAUAAUUAAUGGACUGUUGUAGCGGCUGAAGAUUUUUAAUUGACAGGUGGAUUUGGAGUAAGAAGAUUAGAUUUACUUGUUGGAUAUUUAUAACCAAAAUAUGAUGUAUUUUUUAGACAUCUUACAUCAAAACCUACAGAAACAAAAUAAUUUAAUGAUCUUUUAGGAGGAAGACUUGUUUUGGAUUUGGUUUAUAGAAGAAAUAAAUAAACUUUUGGAUUAGAGACAGAAUAUGGUUUGAAUAAAGGAGAUAUUACAACAUAAUUUGGAGUAGCAACAAAAUUAAAUGGAAUAGAUUCCAAAGCAAGAUUCAAUGUAUCAAAAAAGACUUUGGGAUUAAGUGGAAAAGGAAAAUUGAAUGAUAAGUUAAUAAUCUUAAUAUAUCAUUAGAUUUAAUUUGACUUUAUCAACUGAAUUACCAUUAGAUGGGUCAAUGCCUAAAAAAUAAGGAGUAUUCCCAUUCCCAGUUGGAUUCACAAUUGACACAUCAUUAUGAAUAAUAUUAGCAUAUAAAAAUUUAUAUAAUAUCAUCUG